AGAAAGGCCCGGCCCUGCUCGCUGUGGAACAGGCGGCGCAGCCUGCAGAACCGGGGCGGAAAGCGACGCCGAUAUGGAAGAUCACGGUGAGAGUGCGGCGGCUCCACGACCACCGGCGGUGCCCGCGGAGGCAUCCACGAAGAUCCUCUGAGGCGAAGUGCGCAGGGUAGGGUCGGCGGGUGCAUCCCGGGGAGCCCGGCACGCAGCUGAGGCGGGGUCAUCCCGGCCGCGUCCAGCAGUUGUGGGUGACGGCGGCCGCGCGCCCGCCAUGUCGCGGACUGGCAGCAGCAGCGGGUCCUCGCGGGGCCGCCGUUCGCCACCGCCGCACGCCCAGGAGGACACGGCGGAGGCGGCGGGCGAGAGGUUCCGGCGGCUGAACAUCGGCGAGGGCGACGACAGGGAGCACAACAGGAUGAUCCGCAGCCAGUAUCGAGAGCUCAUCUCCACCGUGCAGCAAAAUCGAGAGGCUAUGCUGAAUUCAAAAAGCAACAGACUGACAGAAGCUUUGGAAGAAGCCAAUAGACUUUUUGAUGGAGUUUGCUGUGCACGAGAGGCUGCACUGGAUGCCCAGUUUCUUGUUAUAGCAUCCAAUAUAGGAAAGGAGAAGGCCAAUGAGUUACACUCAGAGAUGUCAGCGUUUGACUCAACAGCAUUUGCAGAAGACUUGCUGACCUUCAUGGGUGUAAAUCGCACAGAAGUAGAAGACACUGAUGACUUUGAGGAUGCUCCAGGAGCUUUUUUACCUAGUGAUGCCUGGAAGACAAUGGGAGAAGAAGCACUCAAGUACUUCAGAAGAGCACCUACUUUUCACUACAUGAUGGGAUCUUUCAAGUCUGAGCCUCCUGUACCAAAGCAACGGAUUGAGAGGCAGAAGAAAGCUAGCAGAGGAAAAGCAGAACGGGCAAUGCCUGCUCAGUUAAAAAAAAUGGAGGAGUCCCAUCAAGAAGCUACAGAAAAAGAAGUAGAGAGGGUCUUGGGGAUACUGCAGACUCAUUUUGAAAAUGAUCCUAACACACCCAUUUCCUUCUUUGAUUUUGUGAUUGAUCCGAACUCGUUUGCACGCACUGUGGAAAACGUGUUUCAUGUGUCCUUCCUUAUCAGGGAUGGUCUUGCAAAUAUAAAGAUGGAUGAAGAUGAAUUGCCAAUAAUAGAGCCUGUAAAACCCAGUGGGGGAGAGGAGGACAGCAGAGCUGGAGCACGGAACCAGGUGGUCUUAAGUCUGGACCGGAAAGAAUGGCAGGAGGUCAUAGAAACAUUUCAGAUAAGAGAAGCCAUGAUUACCCCUCUUUCUCAGAGCACUGAAGAGGAAAUAGAGACAGAGUAAAUAUUCAAGUGCCUUAAAGAAAAUACUUCAACACAUUUGUUUCAACAGUUGUUUUAUAUGUAUAUGUUGUAAAAUUAAAUUUAUUUUUUCCGGAACAUCUCAAUGCUUUAUACGAGCUGCUUUGUUUAGAACCAUGGAAUGGGUUGGGUCAGAAGGGACCUUAAAUCCCAUCCAUUCCCACCCCCUGC